ACUCCGGGGUCCAAAGGUCGUGUGAGAAGAUGGCAGCCCAGGCAGUUCGGCGACUAGGGAGACUCACGACCCGCAACUGCUACUUCUUGCUCUGUGACAUGCAGGAGAAGUUCAGGCCGUCCAUUCGCUACUUCCCCGAGAUCAUCACAGUAGCACAGAGAAUGGUUAGGGCUGCAAACAUACUCAAGAUUCCUGUUAUAGCCACCGAGCAGUACCCCAAAGGGCUGGGCAACACAGUGUCAGAGAUUGAUGUCAGCUCAGCCCGUGUCUUCUCCAAGACUAUCUUCUCCAUGGCCAUUCCUGAGGUGAUGGAAAUUAUGUCUGCUGAGCCUAUGAGAAAUUCAGUCGUAAUCUUCGGAAUUGAAACUCAGGUUUGUGUCCAACAGACUGCACUGGAUCUGUUGGACAAGGGAUACGAUGUACACAUUCUGGCUGAUGGCUGCUCUUCACGCAGUCAGGUGGACCGCAUGCUUGCUCUUGAGCGUCUGAGAGCUGCCGGGGCAUUCCUGACCACCAGUGAGAGUGUCGUGUUUGAGCUCCUGGGAGACAGCAAACAUCCCAACUUCAAGGAGGUCCAGGCACUGGUCAAGACCUCUGCCCCCGACUCUGGACUCCUCACUAAACUUUGAAACUUGGAAAUUAUUUUAGUAGCCCUAUUUUGUUGGUUUUGAUGUCCCUCACUCCCAUGUUUCGGCAUGGGUGUUAUGCUUGUAUAAUUAUAUAUGUGUGCCAUGAAGAUGAUUGGCUUGCUGGAGCUUAUAAGUUGUGACACAUACCGUAUCGUGACAUGUAGUGCGUUGCGUGCAGUUGAGAGCAUCAGUACAUGGAGUGUCUGAUGUAACAUUAUUCGUGGGGUUCGAAGAUCGUAUAUUACAUGUGCA